AUGGUCUGCGCAAAAUGCCAGAAAAAGCUCAAAGCCACCGAACUGGCCACGCCAGGCGUCAAACGGAAAAGUGAAAUGUACUACGGCUCUCCGUCGAGCACGCUUGGUGGAGGCGGUGAUGCGAAGGCCAAGUCGGGCAAGGGGCCUACACUGGGGAAUACUGGCGUUAGCAAGAAUAAACUGCUCAGUGCAAAGGCUAAAAAUCCUUAUGCGGCGUAUUCGUCUUCCUGUGAGUCUUGCAAGGCCAAGGUCGAGCAAGGGAGAAAGUUCUGCCAUAUAUGCGCUUAUCAGAGGAAUGCGUGCCCCAUGUGCGGGAAGAGUUUAACUGGGAAGAAAGCGAAAGACCAGCCAGUUGUUCAGGGACAGAAGUUCAGUUUGAAAUGA